AUGCUUUCGGUUCUUUGCAUCCUCCUGUGGAGCAUGCGCGUGUACAAGGACCUCAGGCGCAUGGGACUGCUCAUGGAGGCUUGGUCGUGGAUUCCACGAUCCGACUACACCAUUAUGAAUGAGAAUUUUGGCUUCACCGAACUCUCCGAGAACCGCUUCUAUGGCUUCGGAUCCAUUUUGUUCGUGUGCUUUGCCAUGGACUGCCUCUUGCUGGUGGCCGGGAUCCGUCCUAUCUCAUCGUUGAUACUCGAUGCGGUCGCGCUCGAGGCCAUCUUGGACAUCGACGACUUUAUGUUUCAUGCCCUGGCGCCCUUGAGAGCCAGAUUGCUUAUCCAGGGUUUAGAGCCCAUGAUGGUGAAAAUCAAUCAGGCCAGAAGCCAAGUCGAGUCCGGAUGGAACUUCUGCCUUCUCGCCUCUGCUCUUGUGCUGCCCUACCUCUUCAUGCUGGCCCCACUUGGCCUCUCCAUGCGAGCGGUGAAGUACGAGCUUUGUGGUGGAACCCAGGAGUUCGUCGUAGCUUACAAUCAGGACAUCCAGAUGACCUAUGCAUUACGGACGCAGGCGGAGAGAGGCCUAGAGCUUCUUCCCAGCGAAGUGGCCGUGGAGGAGUUUAAGCACAGUUCCGAAGCACUUCCUCGAUACAUGGUCUUCUCGCCGACCUCGCAGGCCUUCGAUACAGACCAGGUCCGAACAAUGGCCGAGGAGGCUUCAACUUUCCCCAUCUGCUUCGAGACCCAGGUCCUGCAAGAGACAGGUCGAGUCUACCAGGAUCCUGUGGCCACGUCGCUGAUCGAGCCACGCUUUCAGUCCAUGGUAGCGACAUUCGGCCGCAAUGCAACUACCUGUGAGGAGAUGCAGGACCUCUGCUACUUGCCAGAGGCGCGGAUGCUGCGUUACCUUUGUGGUGCGACUUGCGGCUGUGCUUCCGCCGGAUCCUCGACCUGGUACAAGGUUGCUCGGCAAGGGUGUUCCGAAAGCUGUCUGAAAGAGGCUGAGGCUGCGACGGCCUGUGUGGAUGUCGCGGCCACAUCCGAAGAAUGGCGAUCGUUUUGGAUCAACUACGUGCCGGUCGUGUCGUCCUUCUUCGGUCAGAAUCUAGCUCAAGCAAACAUGCUGACGAUGCUGAAUCAGACCGUACAAGCUAUGUUGAGUGAGGGUUGUCCCAGGCUUCUAGUCAACGACACCGAUUUUGUCACUUCCGUAAAAUGGUGCGAGGGCUUUCCAGACCUUUUCCGACCAGUCGCCUUCUUGUGCCCGGAAACUUGCGGAUGCAAAGCAUCUCUCUCGGGGUAUUGUCCGUCCAGCUGCCUUUCCGAUGACGUGCACAGCUCGACAAACUCGAGCAAUGCAUCCUUUGUUCCGUGA